AUGAAUUUUAUAAAUAGUGAUCCUUUGAUUCUCACCAAAAUAGCAAAUUAAUAAUAAGAAAUCAAACAAUAUGAGAUUGAUGUAUGGAAUAACUUAAAAGGGAUGUUAAUCAAAACAAAAAUCCAAAUCAUAUUUAAAGACCAUAAAAUCUAAUAUUUAAAAGAUGGAGUAAUUUUAAGAAUGUAAAUGGAUAAAUAUAUAUAGAUAAUAAGAUUCUGAUAAUGAACAAAAUCCAGAAAUCUUAAAUAAUAUGGAAUAGAUUAAAUAUCUCGUUUGGUUUGACUAAUGUGAAUUGCAAUAAAAUAAAAAUAGUAAAUUGGUUGCUUUUUGGAAUGGAGAAAUCAUUUAAAAAGUUGGUGGUUAUCGUUAGAAUGGGUAAAAACAAGGAUUAUGGAAAGAAAUAAUCUAAUAUUAUUGGGAGUAAAUUUGAUAUUUAUCAUAAUAAUUAGUAAAGCUUAAGUUUUUGAAGUAGGAUAAUACUAUAAUAAUUAGAAAAUUUAUAAAUGGAAUUAUAUAUAUAAAAAUAAUAAGAUGUAAUCAUUCUAUUAAAUUAGUUGAGUGGUGGGGGAUAAUAUAAUUUACAAGGUCAAAAAUGUGGAAAAUGGAUUGAUCUGGAUGAAGGAUUUUGUGGUAGUGAAGUCUCUAAAUUAAUAACUUAUAAUGGUGAAUAUAAUAAGAAGGGCAUUAAAAUAGGGAUAUGGGAUAUUAUGUUUAAGGUGGAAUACGAGUAAGAUUUUAAAUAAAUGUAAAUAUUUUAGAUUAAUAUUCUAGUGGUGGCGGAUUAUAUGAUCAUAAGGAAGGUUUAAAGAUUGGGAGAUGGGUAGAUUUAUGGGAGGGCUUUUGGAGCAUGGCUUAAAUAAUUUAUAAAGGUGAAUAUAAUGUGAAUGGUGUUAAGGUAGGGAGAUGGGAUAUUUUUUUUUGUAUAUUUGAUGAAAAAGAAUUUAAAUAAAUGUAAAUAUUAACAUUAGAAUAUAUGUUAGUGGCGGUGGAUCAUAUGAUAAUUAAUAAGGAUUAAAAAUUGGAAGAUGGGUAGAUUUAUGGGAAAGUUUUUGGAUAAUGGCUAAAAUUACUUAUAAUGGUGAAUAUAAUAUGAAGGGUCUUAAAAUUGGUAGAUGGGAUAUUAUGUAUAAAGCGGAACACGAGAUGUAUUUUAAAUUAAUGUAUAUAUUUAAAUAUGAAUAAUAAUAUGUUAGUGGUGGUGGUUCACAUGAUAGUGAAUAAGGAUAGAAGAUUGGGAAAUGGGUAGAGUUGUGGGAAGGUUUUUGCGACUUUGCUAAAGUCACUUAUUCUGGUGAAUAUAAUAUGAAGGGCGCUAAAAUAGGCAGAUGGGAUAUAAUGCACUGCAAGAGUAAAGAAUAUGAAUUAGUGUAUAUAUUUUAUUUAAAAUUAUGUUAGAGGCGGUGGAUCAUUUGAAGCUUAAGAAGAAGAAACUUCAAUAAAAAUUGGGAAAUGGGUAGAAUUGUGGGAGAACUUUUAAAAUUAUGCUGAAAUUACUUAACAUGGUUAAUAUGAUAUGAAAGGUAAAAAGGUAGGAAGAUGGGAUUAUUAGUUUAAAGAAUAUGAAGAUGGAUGGUGGAUAAAUAAAUAAAUGUAGAUUUAAUUAUUAUAGUGUAUUAGAGGCGGUGGAACAUAUGAUAGUUCUUUUGGAAUUAAGAUUGGAAUGUGGAUAGAAUUAUGGGAAGGCUUUUCGAGAUUUACAUAAGUCACAUAUAAUGGUGAAUAUAAUUAGUUAGGUAUGAAAGUGGGUAGAUGGAAUUCCUGGUAUAAGGGAGAGUUUUAGAAGUAAUAUAAAUUAAUGUACAUAUAAUUUCAAAAAUUUAUUAUAUUAGAGGAGGUGGAUUAUAUGAGAAGGGUUAGAAAAUUGGGAAUUGGAUAGAAUUGGAUGAUCAACUUAAUUUUAGAGAAUUAAUCACGCAUAAUGGAGAAUAUAAUGUGAAAAGUAUAAAAGUUGGUACUUGGGUGGAAAUGAAGUAUGAUUCAGAUAAGAAAGAAUUUUUGAAAAUAAAAGAAAAGUAAUAUGAUAAUUGA